AUGUUAACAAUGUGUGAUAAUGACAAAUAUGCAAAUUAUUUAAGAAAUAAAAUAGUAAAAUACUUCAAUUUAAAAAAUAAUGAACUAGAGAUUAAUUAUAUUAAGUCAAUAUUAAAUUCGAGAUCUUAUGAUUUAUUUGAUUCUAUAUUUUUAUUAAAUCAAGCAUUUUAUGAGAAAAACAAAAACUUAAAAUAUUCACUAAACGAUGUUAAAAAAUUUACAUAUGAUUUAAUAAACAAUAAAAAAAAAUUCAAUUUUUCUGAUAAAAUUUCAGAUAGCAACAUAAAUAUAGUGAAUUUUAAUAAUAAUAAUAACACUGAUAAAAGUAUAAAUAGUUAUUUUGAAAAUAUUUUUAAAAAUGAUAAAAUAAGUAUUAUUAAAGACAAAAAAAAAUAUGACAUAGAUAAUGAAAGAAAGUUCAUUAAUGCAGAAUUGAAAGAAGUAAAAUUAGAAAAGAAUAAAUAUAAAGAAAAUAAUUCUAUAAAAUGUAAAGAGAAUAAUGAUAACAUUGAGGAUAAUAAAUAUUAUGAUGAUUUCAUAAAAAUUAAAAGUAAAGAAAUAACGGAAAAUAAAAAUGAAACAAAGAAAAAUAAGCAUAAUGAAAAGAUAAAUAGUUCAAUUGUUUUAAAAGAAAAAGAAUUAGAUAAUUUUAAAAUGGAUAGUUCAAAUAAUGUGGAAAUGAAAACAAAUGAAUUAACAAAUUUAAAAAAUGAUGAAAUAGAAGAGAAAAGAGAAAAAGAUUAUUUUUCUUUUUUUAACAUCAAAGAGAAUGAUUACUCUUUAAAAACUAUUAUAGAUUUAAUGGAAAAUGAUAACAUUAAAUCAAAUAAAAAAAGUAAUCAGCAAAUGAAAAAUAAAAAAGAGAAAAAAAAAAAUAUUCAAAUAUGCAUAUGCAAUGGGCAAAAUCAUAAAAUAUACGCUAAUUGUCUAAUUUGUGGAAAAAUUUAUUGUACUAAAAUAAAGUAUAAAAAUUGUAUAUAUUGUGGUAAUCAAAUAUAUGAAUCAUCUAUAUUUGAUAAAAUAUAUUUAUGUAACGAAGAUAUGGAUAAUGUAGUAAAAAAAGUAGUUUCUACUGUCAAAAAUUCAGAUCCUUUUAUUUAUAAACUAUAUUUUGAUUCAAAUAACAGUAAUUUAAAAAAAGCUUUUAAUUUAAGAAAUAAAAUGUUAAACAAUUCUCUUAAUGAAGAACAGACAAAAAUAAUUGAUGAUAGUAUUGAUUGGUUCGAGGAUGAUAUUAAAAAUGAAUUUAAUAAUAGCGAGAUACACUUUUCUUGUUAUGAUGAUGAAAUAAAAAAUGAAAUAAUAAAUAAAUAUUAUGAAAUAUUUGGAAAAAGAUUUAAUGAUAUUAAUAUAGAUAUAGACCUAGUUAAUAUGGAAAUUAAAGAAAACGUAGACUAUUUUAAAAUCAAAGAAUUUAAUGAUUAUUUAAAUGAGAAAGAAAAAGAGUAUAGAAAUAAUAUAGAAGAAAAUAAAAAAGAACAUAAUAAAAACGUAAAUACUGUCAGUAAUUAUUUGUCUGAAAAAGAAAAAAAAAAUUUAAGUUAUAUAAAUGACAUAAAAAAUAUAUUUUUUAAAGAAAAAAUUUCAAAAAGUGAUAUUUCUUCAAAAAAGAACAAAGAAAAAGAUUCAGUUGAAAAAAAAAAAAUUGAUAAAAAAAAAUACAAAUAUAAUAUGAGUUUAAUAGAUGAGGAAUAUGAAGAUUCUAUAUAA